CUUCUCUUUCUCUUACUUCCUCUCGACAUUACGGCACGUAUUUUCGUGGCUUAUCAUCGGCUUCAGUUGCACGCGCGGGCUCCCUCGGUGUGUGAUGAUGCUCGGCAAAUAUAAAGAUGACGGCAUCGCCACCGUAUGAAUAAGCCGCUGUGCUCGCGCGGAUUAUACACUAAGCGAUCCCUGGCAGAUAUCGUGAUAUUAUUGCUUCGCGUCGAGAGACGGUCCCCCAAAGAUGGGAACGAAAUCAAUGUUCGGCAGCUCAAGAUGGAUUCUCGUAUUGGGAAUGCUAGUGGUGAUUUUGUUGGUCUCGUUCGUGCAGGCAAAUUAUCCUCCUCCGGAAAGAUUGACUGGCAUGAAUCCUUGUAUCAGUAAACAGACAUGUCACGAAUGCAUACAAACUCCGCACUGUGCUUGGUGCGCAGCACCAAAAUUUCCAGAGAAGAGGUGCUUCCUUCCAAACAUCAAUACCAAAAUAUUGUCAAUAUGUCCUCCCGAAUAUACAUGGAAUCCGGACAACGUUUUCAGCAUGCUGCGACAUCGAAAUUUAACAAAGGGAGGUUAUGCUGUUGGUGGUGCAGGAGGCGGAGGAUACGGUAGUAUCGAGAGUUCGUACUCCAAUUUUUCGUCUUCCAGUUCGUCUUCGUCGCAUUCUUACAAAGAGAGUUGGGGGAGCAGUGGUGGGAGCAGAAGGCAGGAGGCCGUGCAAAUGUGGCCACAAGAAGUUAAUCUGAAACUUAGAAUAAACGAAGCUUUUAGAAUGUCCUUUGCUUAUUCUCAAGCGGAGGAUUAUCCCGUUGAUCUCUAUUAUCUUAUGGAUCUGAGCAAAUCCAUGGAGGAUGACAAAAAGAAGUUGUCUGACUUGGGUCAAUUGUUAGUCGAGAGUAUGAGCAAGAUUACGAGCAAUUUUCGUUUAGGUUUCGGUAGUUUCGUCGACAAAGUCGUAAUGCCGUAUGUCAAUACAGUACCAAAAUCUCUUAUCGAACCGUGUGAUCGUUGCGCAUCGCCCUAUGGAUACAGGAAUAUCAUGAGGCUUUCGCAAGACACAAGCAAAUUUGCGGGUUUAGUACGUAACGCAUCUGUAUCUGGCAACUUGGAUGCGCCAGAGGGUGGUUUCGAUGCAAUUAUGCAAGCGAUAGUUUGCCGGAAUCAAAUCGGUUGGCGUGAAAAAGCACGCCGACUGUUAGUAUUCUCAACAGACGCUGGUUUUCAUUAUGCAGGCGAUGGCAAACUGGGCGGUAUCAUCAAACCAAACGAUGGUCUUUGCCACCUAGAUGCUAGUGGAACGUAUACACAUUCGUCUCUGCAGGAUUAUCCAAGCAUCUCGCAAAUUAAUCUAAAGGUGAAACAGAAUGCGAUAAAUAUCAUAUGGGCAGUGACUGAAGAGCAAAUCAACGUCUACAAGAGAUUGAUGAAACAUGUGGAAGGUUCUUUCGCUGGCAAACUCUCAGACGAUUCCAGCAACGUUGUGGAAUUGAUUCGCGAGCAAUACGAUGCUAUAUCAAGUUCGGUGGAGAUGAAGGACACAGCCAGCAGCGCAAUAAAAGUAAAAUACUUCUCAAGCUGUCUGGGUUCUGGUUCACUGAUCGAGACGUCAAAAUGCGACGGAUUGAAAGUCGGCACAAAAGUGGAAUUCAUCGCAGAGAUUGAGGUCACAAGCUGUCCAGCCAAUAGAUCAGAAUGGAAGCAGAAGUUUGACAUUUAUCCGGUCGGUAUCAACGAGACUCUUACGGUGAAUCUGGAGAUGCUGUGCGAUUGCGAAUGCGAGCGCGAAGGCCAUAUGUACGAGGAGAAGUCACCCGAGUGUAAUGGUGUGGGCACACUCAAAUGCGGCGUUUGCGAAUGCUACGAUGGAUUUUUCGGCAAACGUUGCGAGUGCAGCCCGCAUCAGGAGUUGACCGGCUUCGACAAGCAUUUUCAGUCGUGCCGUCCCGACAAUACCACCCUCGUUGAUUGCUCCGGCCGUGGUACGUGCGCCUGUGGCCAGUGCGAGUGUGAGGAGCGAGAGAAUCCAGAUGAGAUAAUAUCGGGGCAUUUUUGCGAAUGCGACAACUUCUCCUGCGAUCGCGAUCAGGGUAAGCUCUGUUCCGAUCAUGGCACUUGCGAAUGUGGUCAGUGCGUCUGUAACUCUGGUUGGACUGGGCCGUCCUGCAACUGCAGAUCUUCUAACGAUUCUUGCAUCGCGCCGGGAACCACAAACGGCAUACUCUGCUCGGGCCAUGGUGACUGCAUUUGUGGAGAGUGCAUUUGUCACGAAGAGGGCAACAUUCGAUAUUCUGGCAAACAUUGCAAUAAAUGCCCGACCUGCCCAAGUCGCUGCGAAGAGCUGAAGCCCUGCGUUCAAUGCCAGAUGUACGGAACUGGAAACUACAGUGAUCCGGAGGAAUGUGCAAGGAAUUGCAAAGAAUUUGUGCCCGAAGGCGUGGAGACGGUGAUUGUCGAUGUGGACAACGACGAGGUGCCAUGUUUCGGCACGGAUGAAGACGAUUGCAAAUAUAACUUCGUCUAUUACUAUAAUGAGACCAAUUGCCUGCAAGUGCGCGCUCAGAACGAACGCGAAUGCCCGCCGCAAGUUUACAUGCUCGGCAUCGUACUAGGCGUAAUCGCGGCAGUGGUCUUGAUCGGUCUCGCAUUAUUGCUGCUGUGGAAGCUGUUAACGACCAUACACGAUAGACGAGAAUUCGCUCGAUUCGAAAAGGAGAGAAUGAUGGCCAAGUGGGACACGGGAGAGAACCCGAUCUACAAACAGGCGACUUCUACGUUUAAGAAUCCAACUUAUGCUGGAAAAUAACAUGUCUCGAAAUGGAGAAGAAUAUAAUGUGAGAUUUUUAAAAAAGAAUCGUAUCGUCAUUGCAACGUGAUGCGAUUUCAAAUCAUUCGCGCAAUUACGAAUGCCGACCGUGGUUUAGGUACUUCGUCUCGAACUCAGCAAGAUAAUUUGAAUUACACGAAGGCUUCAACGACAUAAUGAGAUCUAAAGCUAACUUUUUAGCACAAUAAUUUAAAGGAACUAAUAUUUAAAAUAUAUAUAUAUGGUAUACUCUAUUUUUUGUUGAAAUAUUUGUAAAAAAACGACUUAAUACUGCCAUAUAAUAACACAGACUGUAUUACAGAUGCGUGAGUAGAGAUGCGCGGGUCCAAAACGCGCUAUUUGUUUACAAAGUCGUAAUAUUGCAUUUUAUUGCGAUCACGUUUUAAGAAUCACGCUGGCUAGGCUAAUUCUGAUAUUCAAGUGCCUUUAAUAUCACUAUCAUGGUGCGCUUGUAUUAACUCUUGGUUUUAUUUUAUAUAUAUAUAUUUUUUUUUUACUGUAUUUAUAAUAUAUAUCAGAUAUAAUUUGAUGUGCAAAACAUUUUGGAAUAAAUUUUGAAUUAAUAGGGCAGAAAAGAGAAGUCCGAUAAAUAUAUAAAUAUAUCAUCUUAUCCUAGCUAUUUUUCAUAUGCGAUAUGUAUAUAUUUAUUUUUAUAUUAAAAUUAGCUCUUGUUGUCAUUCUUGGAAGUGAUAAAAAGAGAUAAAUUAAAAUUACAAAUUAUUGUAAUUUUAAAUGCUACGUAAUGGUUUUUUUCAAUAAAGUAAAUUGAAAUGACUCAGGAGGUAUCGCGAACGAUGUUAUUAGCAAAAAGAAUUGUGUUUUUAUAAGCAUUUUAAUACAAUCGAUUAUAACUCAGAAAUUGUUGAAACGCAAAAGUAAUCAUAUUUCCGAAUCAAAGCAAAAAAGACUGCAUAUGAAUUUUUCAUUUCUUCUCCCUUACUGGAUCUAUUCCAAAAUGUGUCGCGCAUAUUAAAUUGUACCAUAUGCUAUAUUUGCGAUAAAUAUGAAGAAACAUAUCUUUUUUUUUAUCAGAUAUGAAUGAUUAUCGAAAAUUUUCUACUAUAUGUUUACCAGUGCAAUUUAUAAAAUAUAUGUCACACAGCGAAAUUCGAUGAAUUUGCAUGUGCUUGCGAUUUUUUCGUCACGUAAUGUCAUAUAAUCAUUUUAAUCGUUAGUGUAUUUUUGCGCAACUAAAGAGACUCGAAAGUGUUUAUAGGAAAUUGUAUAAAUGUAUAAAGUACUGCCCGAUCCGAGUAGAAAUAAGUUACUCCGUGUUAUAACGUUAGUCCGACGAUGAUAACUGCACGAUUAUGACUCGUAUUAUUUCGUAAAUAUAUAAAAAGAUAUAUGUACACAUAUAAACACAAGAUGUUCUCGAAAAUGUCAAUGCCUUACGCGGUGAAUCUGCAGCCUAGUGCGAGAAAAAAUGUUAAAGAUCGAUAUUCAUAAUCUAUUCAAGACUGUCUUAAAUAUAGUCUUAUCUUAAGAUAUUAUAAACCAAUCGCAGGGCCGUUUCAAUAUCUUAAGACGUUAUAAAUAAAUUCAAUAAAUUACUUUUUAAAAUAAGAAUGGAUUAUGAAUUUCGGUCCGAAAAAACUUUAUUUUCUGACUCAUAAUAAAUUAAAGAAGAUCUUCCAAGCGUCCUAUUUCCGUAAUAAGUUUUUAUUUCUCUUUCGAAGAUAAACGGGAGAAGAGAGUUGGAAUAUUUCAGAACUCAAAUUUCCCAAAAAGUCGAAAAAAUCAAAAUUAGAUUUUCCGACAGCAAUCUGAUUUCAAUUUAAAGUUCGCGCUUUUAAGAAAGAAAACUGAACUAAAACUAAAGUUAAUUUUGAGUGUUUAAGGGCAACGAUAUUGAUACAAAUUCAAACGUGUUUCGAUUAAUCUUUUGUCUGAUCAAAAGAGAAAUAAUCAAAUUGGUGUAAGGAUAACAGACUUUGUAUGAAAUUAGUUAAACAGAGAAGGCUUAAAUGUACUCAUAAUAGUAUAUAAUUUUGUUGCGAGAACUAA